UAACUAGGUCGACCCCUUUUAAGCCUGGGUCUCAGCAUCGCUCCAGCGGAGACACGCCCACUGUGCAGGCCGGCUCUUUUCGGCCGCAGAAGUUCCGGGUCCGCCUCUCUGGCCGCUCCGCAGUUUCAUCUGCCUUCGGUUUUACUUCGCCGCCACCGAAAUAACCGCCGCCACCGAAAUAACCGCCGCCACCGAAAUAACCGCCGCCACCGGUUUUCGUUUGUUCAGGAAAUCAACCGGCUCCCUCAUUGUUACUUUUUUCCUGCACGUGGAUUCUAGACCGUUAGUUGUCCGGCGGAUCUGGAACAGCGUGGACGGAAAGGGUUGGUUCCAGCAUCUACUGUUGCUGCCGCUACUAGUUCAAGCACCAUGCUGUUUACCUCAUUUUCAAAUGCUUCUGCCUCCACUGCUGCUACUAGGCUCUCAUUUGGUGCCCCUACAACUUUGUCUGGAAUGCUUGGCGGUACAACUUUGGGAUUUGGAUUAAAAAUCCCUGGAGCAGGUGGAGCAGCUGCUGUUGCAUCUACUACAACAUCAACCAUCACCACUACCACGGUCACCACCACCAGCACCAGCACCAGCACCACCAGUAGCUUUGCCUUGGAUCUAAAACCACUGACAUCAACUGGCAUGAAUAACACUCCUCCAUUCGGCCUGACUUCUAGACCUUUUACUUCGACCAUUAAUGAAAUCAUAACUCCUGUGAUGACAUAUGGUCAGCUGGAUGGUCUGAUAAACAAAUGGAGCCUUGAGUUAGAGGAUCAAGAGAAAUGCUUUCUUCACCAGGCCUCCCAGCUCAAUGCUUGGGACUAUACAUGUAUUGAGAAUGGUGAGAAGAUUAUUGCUUUACAUGGAGAAGUGCAAAAGGUGAAACUGUAUCAGAAAAGGCUGGAACAAGAAUUGGAUUUUAUCCUGUCACAGCAGAAAGAACUAGAAGAUCUCUUGACCCUUUCAGAGGAGUCUGUAAAGGACCAGAGUGGGUCUGUUUAUCUGCAGCAUACAGAUGAGGAGCGUGAGAAGACUUACAAGUUAGCAGAAGAUGUAGAUGCUCAGCUGAAACAAAUGGCCCAAGAUCUCAAGGACAUUACUGAGUACCUGAAUACAUUUGGAAGUCCUGCUGACACUACUGACCCGCUCCAGCAGAUCUGCAAAAUUCUGAAUGCUCAUAUGGACUUUCUACAAUGGAUUAAUCAGACUUCAGACAUGCUGCAAAGGAAGGUAGAAGAGGUACAAGUUUUCCAGCAUCGUCGUUACAAGGAGCAGGAAUGCAAUGUCAGGAUUGCUUUUGAUUGAAUGACCCUAUCUUCAGCAUGCUGUUUUUGGAUUAUACAUUACCUACCAAGUUUGAUGGUGUUUGUUAGAGUAGUAUUUACAGUUAAUAUUUAAUCUUUGGUGGCAAUAAAGGCUGCAUGUAUUUUUCCCCCACUUAAAUAUUGUGCUGUUGGGAAUGAUACUGUAGUUUGGCUUUUAGUAUUAGCAAAUCAAAACUAUAUCAGCUCUUCUGUCUAGAGAGCAACCUAUUUGAUGUUGACUCUGUGUGUGCAAUUCAUGGCUUACUCUGCUAGAUUCCAUAUCUUACUGCCAGCACGCAUUGUCCUUUUCACUGCAACCAGAUCAUAAAGAAAUGUUUGCCAAAAAGUAGAUGCCAACCAGUCUUUACUGGGUGCCUGUUAACAUUCAACGUAUAGUGUUAGCUACUGUGAAGUCUCUCUCCUCAAAAGAACUUACUGUCUACUUUGAGAUAUACUUAAUGCCUGUCUGUAUAAAAAAACAGUAUAGACAAUACAAGGAAGUGUGUUAUGAAGUACAGAAAGUAUGCUGUAGAAAUUCAGAGAAGGGAGGAAGAGUUAGGAUGGAUUUGGGACUUGAUUUAGGUUAUUUUAAAAAGGGUAUGGUUCAGGCAAUUCAUUUAUUUUUGACGUACAGAUAAUCUGGUGUUUUACUUGGUUUUAGCAUAUGAUUUAUAGUUGUAUAUUUGUUUAUUUGUUUUUCAAGAAAAAGCGUUGUUCUUAGUUUGGAAACAGUCUGAUUUCUUGUGUUUCAUGUUUUACCUAAGUCAUAAAUAAAGGCAAUGCUCUGAAAAAUAAAAGUAUAACACUAAAAUAAACAACUUAAAAGUUUU